AUGAAGCUCUGCGUCGUUUUAUUAGUGGGUUGCGUUGGGCUGGUGUGUCAUGUGAGCGGUGGAAUCCUACCACGAUUCCAGGCUGACGAGCAGGAGGCUUUCGCGUACUUGGAAGCUCUCGAGACGGAAAUUCUCGCUCGUCGGAAUUCAGCGAGUGAAGCUAACUGGGCGUAUGAUUCCAACAUUACACCGGACAAUCUGGAUGUGAAGAAUGAGGUGGCGACCGAAAAUGCCGCAUUCUAUAAGAACGUGGCCGAACAUCUCUCCCAAUACGACUACGAGAGCUUCCAAGAUGAGGAUCUUAAACGACGCGUGCAGAAACUGAUCGGACUGGGUUACUCGGCUUUGCCGGAGGAUAAGUUCAGCCGUAUGCUAGAUGCCAUCAACAACAUGAAGGAGAACUAUGCCAAGAUCAAGGUUUGUGAUUAUCACGAUCGCACCAAGUGCGAUAUGGCACUGGAACCGGAGCUGACGGAGAUAAUGGCAAACAGCCGUGACUCUGACGAGCUGAAAUACUACUGGCAGCAGUGGUAUGAUGCGGCCGGUGCACCAACUCGAGAGGAUUUCCAAACUUACGUUGAGUUGAACGGAGAGGCCGCCGCAUUGAACAAUUAUGAAUCCGGCGCCGAAUCGUGGCUCAGUGCCUACGAAGAUGAUACCUUCGAGGAGCAGGUGGAUGCAGUGAUCGAAGAGCUAAGACCAUUUUAUGAGCAGAUCCACGGUUACGUUCGCUAUCGGUUGAGGGAGUUCUAUGGUGAGGAUGUUGUUUCAGAACGGGGACCUAUUCCGAUGCAUCUGCUCGGUAAUAUGUGGGCUCAGGGAUGGGAACAGAUUGCUGAUAUCACCAGCCCAUUCGGAGAUCGUCAGCUGUUGGAUGUGACGGACGAAAUGGUCGCUCAAGGAUACAACCCUAUUCAAAUGUUCGAGAUGGGUGAUGAGUUCUUCCAGUCGCUCAACAUGACCAAGCUGCCACAAACUUUCUGGGAGAAGAGCAUCCUUGAGAAGCCAGACGAUGGACGCGAUUUGAUUUGCCAUGCUAGUGCCUGGGAUUUCUCGAAAACCGAUGACGUGCGCAUCAAGCAGUGCACUCGGGUGACGAUGGAACAGUUCUUCACGGUUCACCAUGAGUUGGGCCACGUUCAAUACUACCUGCAGUACCAACAUCUACCGAGUGUCCAUCGUGGCGGUGCGAACCCCGGAUUCCAUGAGGCAGUCGGCGAUGUCCUUUCGCUAUCCGUAUCAACUCCGAAGCAUUUGCAGAAGAUUGGUCUUCUGAAGGAUUUCGUACAGGAUGAGGAAUCAAAGCUGAAUCAAUUUUAUCGUUCAGCAUUGACCAAGCUUGCCUUCUUGCCGUUUGCGUACACGAUCGAUAAGUAUCGUUGGGGUAUCUUCCGCGGUGACAUCAAGCCGGAAGAGUACAAUUGCAAGUUCUGGGAGAUGCGCUCGAAGUACUCUGGGAUUGAGCCACCGGUGGUCCGUUCCGAGGCAGAUCUAGAUGCGCCAGCCAAGUAUCACGUGUCGGCCGAUGUGGAGUAUCUGCGCUACUUCGUGUCUUACAUUAUUCAGUUCCAGUUCCAUCGGGCCGCAUGCGAGAAGGCAGGAGAGUACGUGAAGGGUGAUGCGGUGAAGACUCUGAAUGAUUGCGACAUCUAUCAGAGCGCGGAGGCUGGUAAUGCCAUUAAAGCUAUGCUUGAGAUGGGAUCAUCGAAGCCGUGGCCGGAUGCGAUGGAAGUCCUGACCGGAGAGCGUCGCAUGAGUGCUGACGCAUUAAUCGAGUACUUCCAGCCGUUGUACGAUUGGCUCAUCGUUGAGAACGAGCGUCUGGGAGCAUUCAUUGGCUGGGAAGAGUCUGAGAAGUGCGUCUAA